GCAAACAAUUAGUAGAGAAUAAAAAAAUCAUUGAACCUAAUCAUAAAAAUAUGAAGUUAUCUAUGAUUAUAUUUAAUUGUAAAUAAAUUAUAAUCCAAGUUUCCUUGCAGACAAUGCUGCUACGAGUCUUAGCUUGGUUAUAGUAAUGAAGAAAUGUGCUGGAGUGUUCAGCUAAACAACACAAAUUUUGUGUUAAUUUUCCAAUAAUACAAGAAAUGUGUCAGAUUCCAGAUGAGAUUAAAAAAUCAGUUUUAUAUUUUCACAGCGGAAAGUAAAAAAUAAAUAAAUGAAAUAAAGUUAAAUAACAUUAGUGAAUGAUCGACCUGGAAUCAGAGGUCCAUGAGAACGGGUGCGCCGACCAGCAGUUAAACUACCUCGGGAUUUUCUGUGUACAGUGGGGACUUUACUGGCUCAGUCGCUUCGCGCGCCUCUCGAUGGAAGGUGGCCUCAGACUCUCUCCAUCUAUUCAAUUCAAAGUUUUAUCGUGUGUGCUCACAUUUUUAAAAACUCUUACAAACAAAUAAAAAUUAUUUGUUAUUUGUUAUCAUAACAAAAUAAAUAAUUAAAAAAUUUAAAUAAUAAUUUUGUUGUUUGCAUAAAAUAGUGAUUGACAUCUGAAAAAUAAUACAGUGCAGAAUUCCGUCAUCCGGGUGAAGAAUUUCCGCGGUGGGAGAGACAGACGUCGGAGUGUCGAGCAGGUCGACGAGGACGUUUGUAUGCAAUAAAAAGAGCAGAAACGUUCCACUGCGACAUUGGGUUUAAAAAAAACAUAAAAAAUAAACCAAGCACGUGACGACGUAACUUGUUGGCUUAAAAAAAAGUGAAGCAAAUGAUAAAAAUAAAAAAUAUGAACAUAACGGUAAAUUGAUUUUAUUGGAGGAUUUGACAAUUAGUCGGGGGAUACAAUAAAGUUUUUUUUAAAAAAAGUGUUAGAGUGCUAAUUUAAUUAAAAAGAGUGGAGACAAAAUAUGGAGACUGAAGAACUUACGCGACUCGUCGAUGGCAUCUAUAAGAAUAUCCUGGACAAAUUCAAUCCAGGAGCUAGGCAACUGAUCAAUGCAGGCAAAGCAUAUCUCAAGGCUCUGCAUGGAGCAGCAGCAGCAUCCCGCGUCUACGUAGACGCUCUAUCCCGUUUAGCCCGACAAGCACAGUUGGGCACCUGGGGUGGAUCACAAGAUGUUGGUUCUGCUUUAAUGAGAAUCGUGGAGGUCUACAAAGAAAUUCAAGACCAAGAAAUGAACAUCUUGAAAGCCUUCUAUGUGGAUUUAUUGGUACCACUGGAAACAAAUCUCGAAAAAGACACAAAAGUUGUGCAGAGUGAGCAGAAAAAAUUUCUUCAGCAGCAUAAAACAAGAUCAGAAACUUACAGCAAAGCUGCAGCGACAAUGAAAAAACAAAGAAAAAAAUCACGCGGCGCUAGUAAAAGUGGAUUAGCAAUGGAUAAAGAAUUAAAAAAUAUGCAGAUACUUGAGGAAGAAAAAUCUAAAUUAGAUGCGUUUUGUGAACAAAGUCUUAAAAACGCAAUGACUCAAGAACGAAGACGAUAUGGUUUUGUAUUGGAGCGACAAUGCUCACUGGCCAAACAUUACGCAAGCUUUCACGAAGUUGCCUUGGCAGCACUACAUCCUUCCGUAGACGAAUGGCGUGAAGUUGCAAAUACUCGUGAAUAUUUACCCCAAUCCGUAGAAGACAUGUUUGCAUCUAGACUUCGUCAAGUUUCUUUUUGGCCCGAGGAUGAAGAGAACGGGGGCUCUGAAUUGACCAUGAGCUCACAGUUACGUAAAACGCGAAGUAUGGAUAGUUCUUGCUUGGAAUUACGUCUCGGCCCACCACCAAGUCAUCCGCCUUCUUCACUACACACUGGCGCACCAUCUCAUCUCUCUUCGGCGCUUUCAAGGGCAAGGUCAGAAGCUAAUCUCCAUGCCUCAAGCUUGUCUCUUGAACCAGAUGUACCGGAGACUCCACCGCGACCUAGAUCAAUGGCACCGACAUCGAGAAAUAGUGUAGCAGGUAGUACUAGUGGCGGGGGUGGCUCUGGCACUGGUGUUAACUCAGGCGUGUGGGGCGAAGCUUCAUUAGCACGUGCACUUUUUGCUUACUUGAGUUCUGGUGAAAAUCAACUGAGUUUUCUCGAAGGCGAUCUUAUUGCGCUAAUGGGGGAUCGUCAAAAAGGUUGGCAAUUUGGUGAAAAUCUUCGUACUCAAAGCUCCGGAUGGUUUCCACUGGCUUAUACUGAAAUUAUAAUCGAUGAUAGUUUGGGAUCUCCAAGUCACGCAGCAAAUAACGGUCGGUCACCGGAACCAAGGGCGAUACCGCCCUGCAAGCCGCCGCCGUCUCGGCCACCACCUACGAUUGACGAUCUCAGCAACGGCGGGAGCGGAAACCCCUCAAGCAACAGCAACAACAACAACAUUGGCAAUUCAAACACAAACACAAGUACACCUACAAACGUACCCAAGAGCCAUAGUUCUCACAGUGUUGCCACCCCAACGGGACGUCAGCCAAAAUCUAUCCGUCCAUCAGGAACCUUGCCAUCAUUAUUAGCAGCAGGACGUAGAGUCCAACCACCGAUGCCACCAGUACCACCACCACAAGUUGUAACGUCAUUACACAGCAGCAAUGACAGUGGAUUUUCAAAUGAGCCACCAGUACAACCAGACAUCGAUUACAGUGAUGAUGAGGCAAUGAGACAACGACGCAGAAAAACCCGUGGGGAACGUCUGGAAGCCGCUGAACGAGCCAAGCAACAGCUGGAUAAGCAGGAGAAGCUGCAGCAUAAGCAGCAGCAACAGAAUCAGCAAACGCAUAAAGGACACGAAGAUGAGAAUGAGGAUCAAGAGAAGAGUAAAGAUUGGCUGAACGAUUCAUGGAAGACGAUCCCUCGGGACGAAAAGAGCUGGCAGAUGUACAGAACUGCCAUGGACCUGUGGUCGGAGUCAAAGCAUCAACAGCUACAGCCCUCUGUCGACAAAAGAGAUCUCGAGGGAGGUACAAGUACAAGUGGUAGGUACGGGCCUGUAAGUAGCAGACGAACUAGUGACAAUCACGAGUCUUCCUCUUCGCUAAUGUCUCAUCCUCAUUCCAAGGAAUAUUCCUCUCACAAUUCAGACUACGAUACUAAAGAUAAUAAACGUGACAACAAGAUGAACAACGAGUCUAGUUCUAGUAGGAAAUCAAAGUACGUUCAGUCACGAGUUAACUCAAAUAUUGAACGUACCAACACAACUAACAAUGUCAAUAGCAGUCGUUAUAUCAAUGGAAAUGAUCAUCGUUUGAGAGAUCAAUCGAGUCGACGCACUGCAGAAGGCCAUCGCCCUGGUGAAAAUUUAAAACGCGAGCAAAUUGAAAUUGAUGAAUCUGAUGAGGAAGAACGUGAAGAAAUAAAUGAAGAGGAAGAUACAUAUAACACUGAAGAUUAUUCAGAUAAAUAUGACGAUAAAAGUUUCUAUGAAAAUCAUCGUCGUCGUAAUAAUAAACAUGACAUUGAAAAUAUUCGUUAUUUAUCAUCAAGUCACGAUGAUAUCAAUCAUAAAAGUAUCAAUAAUAAUAGUAAUGUUGGCAAUGAUAAUGAUAAAAGUGAAUCUGUGUCAUCAAAUUCAGAUUCUGAAGACACAAGUACAAUAACAAUUCCAGAAGUAGGCAGUAAAGUUGAACAUAUUGCUCAGAAACUUGAACAAACGGCCCAGAAAUAUGCUAGGGAGCACAGCCCUUCAAAGUUUAGUGAUCUCAGACGUGAGGAUUACAGAAAAAGUAUUGAACGUGAUGAUAAAAUAUUGAUAUCACCAUCAUCGACAGUUAAUUAUGAUAAAUAUGAACGUGAUGCUCGUGUGCAGCCGCGAUUUGACAGAGAAAGAGAACGAGAACAAAGAGAUCGUUACAUUGAUAAUAAUAAUAAAAAUAAUAAUAAUAAUAAAUUUAUAAAUUAUGAACGUGAAAGAACAUUUGAAAAGAAUCCCGAUCGUAAAAAAAAUAUUGAACGUAAUUCAAAUCGUCGUUUCGAACGUCCCAAGCCACCAUUUGAAGAUGCACCUGAACGGCCACGUGAGUUACCGAUACCGCGUAGAGAAAGACGGCAUUCUGACAAAGAAGAAAUUUAUGGCAACACUACUGCUAGUACUAUUAAUAAAUUUUCCUCAAAUAAUCCCGAAGUUUUUGUGGAAAAAGAUCGCGGUUAUGAAUCUAAUUUUGAAACUAAACUUGAGCGAAAUAAAGUAUUGGAAAAAAUUGUUUACGCAAGAAGUGAUGUCGAUAAUUCAUUAUCGUCUUCACGGAAAAUAAUAACAGGACACAGCACUGAAAUAAAUGAUGCAAAUAAUAAUACACUGAAGAGUGAUAAGAAAAUAAUAAGCAAUCAAACAAGACCGCACACAACUCUUGGGCACAUGAACACUUCCGGGCAAUCGCGUUCAUUUGAUAUGGAGAUUAAAAGUAGUAGCCCUAAAUUAAUAAAAAGGACAAAAUCAUUCUGGCGUUUUCGUCGUGAUUCAGAAGUACUCGAGGGUAUGGCACUUUGGCAACAUCGUUCACUUGUUGAUAUUCCUAAGACACUAAAACGUGAACAAUCAAAGACCGAACGUAUGAUUACAAAUAAUAAUAAUAAUGAUGAAGAAAUAAGUAUAUCAAGAAAGUCAAGUCCUGCUAAUUCAGGAUCUGGACGUAGUGCGAGUAAAGAAUCACGUAGUAGUGAUAACACUAUUACCAAUGAUCACCACAAUAAUUUGAACCACGUACGUGAAGAUCCUAAACCCGCAGAAAGAAGUAUUGUCCCGGAUAAAAAUGUUUCUGACAACUACUACAAUGACUUUCCAACACCAGCAGAACGUCCGAAAGCUGUCGAGAGAUCGGAGUACAGAAUACAGAGCCGUGAAGAGAGGUCAUACUUUGUUGGGAAUAUAUCUCGAAAAGCAAUACUUGAAAAUGAACGUAAAAGGAGUUUGGAAGCCAAGAGAAGUAUGAUCGUUGCUGAACUCAAGGAGAACAAUGAACAAGGUAUUAAGAAGAAUGAGCGUAAUAACAAGACGUCAUUGUACGGUGAAGACGAUGAUGGAUUAAUACAAAACUUUACCGAAACUGAAGCCUCUGAUGAAGAGUCAACUUACAGUUGUAUCGUUGAUAAUAAAGACCAGCAAAUUACUGCUGAGAAAACUUUAUUACCGAGAACAAAACUUAGACGUGAUAGCGAUCGUGAGAGAGAAAAAAAUACUUGCGGUCCUUGGUAUGACCUAUGGGGUGCUGAUACUUCUAUUAAUAAUAAUAACAACAAUAACAAAAAAAAUAUGAAUAAUAACAGUAACAAGAAGAAGAAGAAAUGAAUUAAAUUUAUUGUUAAUUAUAUUUUUCGUUAACGAUAUAUAUUUUUAUUGUUUUUUAAUACUUCAUUUAUUUUAUUAUGCACUUUAUAUAUUUUUUUUUUAAUGUUUUUAUGGAGUUUAUAUUUUUUUAUUUUAUUUAAAAGCCAUAAUCCUCGUUAUUAAACAGAUAUUUUAAUAGAGCCGUGCUCGUAAAUUAGUUAUUAGUGCUAAAAUAAGAAUAUAUUAUUAUUGUUAAUUUUAUUAUUAUAAUUAUUGUAUUGCUUUUAUUGUUACUUUUUUUUUUAAGAGGACACUUGGUCCUAAAAUUAAUUAAAAGUCCUUUCAGAAACACCAAUGCCUUUGCAACGGUCAAACUACGGAAAACAAAGACCAAUGAUCGCUCGGCACCGGCACUGUGAUUUGUAUUUAAACAAUCAAUUGAUAUUAUUUGUUUCAUUAUUAUUAUCAAUUAUCAUAUUGACAAUUUGUUACAACAAAAAGAUGUCUUUUAUCUACGCGAUUAGAUAGACAGACAGUCUGUUAUAUAAAUGUUUGUAAAUUAUUUAGUUUAUUUAUUUUUAAAGUUAUAAAUAAAAUAAUUGGCUAAAUCCGUCCAGCUAAUACACGAAUGUGGAUUUAUCUGGAAUAAAAGUUAAUUAACCCUGGGGUCACGUGGGCUCAAGAAGGUCUCAGACAAUUUUAAACUUCGAAUUUCUAUAUUUAGUAUUUUUUAUUUUAAAUUUGAAAUAUCUCGGAAACUUUUCAGUUUUUUAACAAAAUAUAAGAUAUCUUUUUUGUAGAAAAUUUGAAGCUCUAUAAAAAAGGUAUCUUCUAAUUUUUCAAAUAACUCAAUAUUUACAGAGAUAUUUAUAAAAAAUCAAUCAUACUUAUAUUUUAUUUUUCUAAUUGAUUUGAAUUUAUUGAUACACUGUAAAAAAUUUGCGGGGUGGAUGAUUUUUUUAUUUAUCUAAUUCCCUCGGAGUGAAUUUCAUUCCGAAGAAGAGUUUCGGAAUAUAUUAACUAUAAAAAAAUGACUAAUACAUGAUGCUGAAGUUGGCCGACGUCUAAUAAUUUUUGGAUUUUUUUUUAAAUGAUAAAUUUAAAAAAUAUAUAUAUUUAUAUAUUUAAGUAAAUUGCACCUACACGGAGAAAAUUAAAUAAUACGAAUUACUAUCUAGUUAUGGUAAAAUUUUCUACCAUCAAUAGAUAGUAGUGAAUACAUACAAGAUUGUAACAAUUAUUAUAAAUCCGGUGAAUGUUACAAUCUAGAUGUUACAAUGCAGUUUUUUAAAUUUUCUACAUGUGCAUUUUUAAAAUUUUUUUUUUUUUUAAACUAAAUCGUUGAAAAAAAAAUUCAAAGAUUGCUAAUUGUCGGCUAACUUUCUCAUCAUGACUAAUACAUAGUGAGCUUAGGUCUUUGAUAUUUUGACAUUUAUAUUGAGUACGGAAAUAAUUACGAGCCCCCUUCCCAUAUAUUCAUGCAAAAUGAUUUUUAAAAAUUAUAAGCAGCUGAUAAUAAAACUUACACAUAUAUAAUUCCACUGAGUCACAAACUGUCGUAUGAUUUACAUCAACCAUACCAUGAGAUAACAUUCCAUAUUGUACCGAAAUAUUAAAUAUUCCCAUAAAAAGGGGUUAUCAAAUAUUUUUGGCUGAGUUUUUUUCGCAAACAAAAUGUCAAAAUACAAAAUACCGACUAUACAUUGAUAGACUACUGUCUAAUCUAACAAAGUGCGCUUCAAUUAUUUGAUAAUAUUCGUUUGUUUAAGAGAAAAACUCGGCUAAAGUUUCCAUUUACUGCACAAGUGCAACAAAGAUAGUACAGUUCGUGGACUUGAGUGUAACAGAGAGAUAAGUGCGAACCCCUGAUAAAAACUAUGUCACUAUACCUAUUCAAUAAUUUUAUAUUUUCACUAUGUAUUAUAUAUAUGAAAUUAUAGUUUAGUGAGUUACUAAAACAUUUUAUAAAUUAAAAACGUAAUACUUUAAGUUUAAUUAUUAAUAUUUGAAUCAAUUAGUAAUUGGAACAAUUGGGUUUCUAAUUAACAGAUGUUUCUAUUAAAUAUAAAUUUAUUUAAGUAUUAAAACUCCGAAUUGAAGUGAAUGCGGAUUGAAUUAAAAUCCGUGUCACUCUGAAAUCACUCUACCCAUAAAAAAAUUCCAAUUCACUCCCGAUUUUUUACAGUGUAACUUUAAGAAAUUUUUUAAAUUUAGAUUUGAAGGAAAACUAAAAGAAAAUAUUAGUUUUCAUAAAAAUGUUCAAAUAAUAUCUCAAUAAAUUUUUUUGUAAAAAUAUUGAUUAGUUUAAUUUCUUGUCUAAGUUACUGAGGAUCCGUAGACCCCUUGCGACCCUUGUGAUUCCCAGUGGAAGUGUGACCGCUGAGGGUUAAUUAUAAAUAUGAUGAGUAAUGUUGAUAAAAUGUAAUAUAAAUAUAUAAGACAGCGAACAUUUAUUUGUCAAUUGUUUGACUUAAAGAGUCUUUGUGACAUCGUUAUUCCGUCGUUUUGCAUUGCGAUGCAGUACAGGCAAAUUAAGUAAUAAAAGGACAAAUUUAAAUAUUAUUAUAACGAUAAUGAUAGCAAGAGGAAAAAAUAUAAAUAAAAUGAAAUGGUUAAAAAAAAAUGAGAGAGAUCAAUGAUAAUGUAUUUGAAAUAAUUUUUACUUAGUUGGCUCGUUACCAAAAUUCACGAAUUAUAUUAGCAUAUUUGGAAAUUUUUCUAUCGAAAAUAAUGCCAGCCAAAAUACAUUACAUACAUUAGAUAGAGUUUAUAUUUAGAGACAACAAAAUUUAGUUGUAGAAAUAAAUUUAUUUAUUGUGUACAUAAAAACGUUAAAUAUUGUGAAUUACUGCAGUAGAAAAAAUUUACAUUUUAUCCCCAACAAAAGUUAUUUAAAUUUUUUUAUUUUUUUUUUCAAAUAUUUUUAUUACUGCAGCUUGAAAUAAAAUACGUUUGACGUAAAAAAUUGAUCUCUCUUCACGUCGAAAAAUAAAAAGGUAUAAAAGUAUAUAAAUUUUUUUAUGUAACAAAAUAUUGUCAUUGAUAAAUUGUAGAAUUCAAAUAAAUAUAAAAUAAAUGAAUUAUAUAAACGUCCAUAUUAUGGAGUUGGGACUUUGUGAUACAAAGUUUUUAUAUGCUCUGUACAUACACUGAGCCUGACAUAAUUUUUAAUAAUUUAUAAAAAAAAAAAAAAAAAUUUUAAUAUCCAUAGGAAUAAUAAAUAAUAAUUAUAAACAAUAAUGUAUUUGAUAAUUAUUAAAUAAUAUUACACAGAAUUUUAUCUUACACAGUUUGAAAUUUUGUGUAUUUGUGUUAAAAAAUUAUUUGGUUAAAUUUUUUGUGUUAAUUUUUAACACAGAAAUCUGUUAAUUCAACACAAACCGUUUGUGUUAUUUUACUUAAACUGAUUUUUUGUGUUAAAUGAUUGGAAUGUAACAAAUUUCUUGUGUUAUUCGAAAAUUAACACAAAAUUUGUGUUGUUUAGCUAAACACUCCCGCGCGUUUCUUCAUUACUAUAACCAAGCAAAGCACCGUAGCAGCAUUGCCUGCAAGAAAACUUGGAUUAUAAUUGAUUUACAAUUAAAUAUAAUCAUAGAUAACUUUCAUAAUUUUAUGAUCAGCCCGUGUAAAUAAAAAAGUUCGAAAAAAUUCGAAAAAAGUUCGACAUGUCGAACUUCGAAAUUUGAUACAAAAUUGAACUUUUUUUCGAACUUAUGUAAAUCACUAUAAAUUGCAUUACAAACAUGAAAAAUCACAUAGGACAAAGAGGAUUGGUAUAAAACUUCAACAUUUAAAAUAAUCGAAAAAGUUAUGAAAAUAUCAAACUUUUUUGAACUUCUAUACUUGAAAAAAUCGAAAAAGUUCUGAAAAUGUGGAACUUUUUCAGAACUUCUACACUUAAAAUUAUCGAAAAAUUUCACACUUUUUCAAAACUUCUUUAAUAAAAAUCAUCCAAAAAGGUCUGAAACAUUCGAACUUCUGCGAUAAAAAUAAUCGAAAAAAUUCUGAAAAUCUCGAAUUUUUUUUAACUUCUACACUUAAAAUUAUCGAAAAAGUUGAUGAAAUUUCUGUUAUAGCGAUAGAAAAUUUAAAGUUCUAAUAAAAUUUUGAUAUAUAAUCAAAAUUAUCGAAAAGAAUCUGAAAAUGUUGAUACCUAAUUGUGAGUUUCCUUUGUUAGCGACACGUCCCGAAAAGUAGAAAAUUCCGAACUUUUAUGUCAAUCUUCUUUGUCCCAUGUGAUUUUUCAUGUUUGUAACGCAAUUUAUAAUGUUUUACAAAAGUUUGAAAAAGUUCGAUUUUGUCUCAAAUUUCGAAGUUCGACAUGUCGAACUUUUUUCUAACUUUUCUUUUUACACGGGAGGUUCAAUGAUUUUUUUAUUCUCUUUUUACGGGAGGAUAAUUCAUAGCUCCGUUUUUCAGAAAAAUCACAGAAAAUCGAACUAAUUGUUUGCUAAAUUAGCAUAAGUUGUACUAAGGGUAGAUCAGUAUACUUUUGUUGGUGAGAUUAUGUGCUUAUACUUAUUAAUUAAUUUUAACACGAAAAGUCUGUUAAAUUUACACAAACUUUCUGUCAAAAUAACAGAUUUUGUGUUCAAUUAUUUAACAUAAAAUUUGUGUUACAGAUCAACAAACGCAAUGUGUUGAAUUAACACAAAAAUUUGUGUAGAUCGUUUGCAACACACGAUUUGUGUUGAAUUUAACACAAAAUUUCUAACUGUGUAACACAAUCUUUUACACAUUUCACUGUAUCCACAUAAUUUUCCUCUUUAUAAAAUUGUUAAAAAAUAAAGUAAAUAAAUGAAUAAAAAUUGAAUGCAUUUAAAUAAAAAAAAAAUAAUGGUUUAGGGUGUAUAAAGAUAUAUUAAAUUAUACAAUGUAAUAUAAUAUAUAUUUUUUAUUCUUAUUAGUUCAUUUUAUCUUAUCUCAUUCCCCACUAUUUUAAAAAUAUCAUGUCGAAUUAGCUAAGUGCCACGUAUACGGUUUUAACAAGUAAAAUUAAAUUAAAUGUUAAUACAUACAAUAAACUCAUUACAAGGGUCAACGGGCUAUGGAGAUAUGACCCGUGACGAGUGGUAUAUACCUUUUUUAUUUUCUCUCAUUCUACGUUAUUUCGUUUUUA